UGUCGAGUAGAAAGAAUGGAAUAUUGCUGGUUUUAGCAGAUAAAAUCAAAGUUUAAAGAUCGCAGCUGCCCUACAAUAAUUCAAAAAAUUCGAUGAAUUCAAUUCAAUUCAAUUCAAUUCAAUUCCACCAGAGCUUCUCCUCCGCAGAUCACCACCGCAAUGCUGGGCACAAUCAAACACUCCUCAUCUCGUCUGUGCCAGACCACACUCCGGCUCACAUCCCGCUCCCACUCGACCGCCUCCUCAUCCGCGUUCUCGCCCGACGAGCUCGCGCACUUCAACGCGCUCGCCUCGUCAUGGUGGGACGCCAACGGUCCCUCGCGGCUGCUGCACAAGAUGAACCCGCUCCGGACGUCGUUUAUCUUUGAUACGAUCGACGCCUACGCGCUGCCGAGCAAGACGCGGCUUUCGGGGCUCAAGAUGCUCGACGUCGGGUGCGGGGGCGGGAUCCUGACCGAGGCGUUGGCACGGAAUCCGAGGGUGGAGUCGGUGACGGGGCUUGAUAUGUCUGAGCAAGUGCUCGAGAUUGCAAAGAAACACAAGCGGCAGGAUCCGAAGCUGGUGAUGGAGCAGAAGCUGGAUUAUAAGCUGUGCUCGCUGUUUGAUCUGCCGGUGCCAGAGGCAGCGGCGGAAGGGAAGGACGAGCAGAGGUAUGAUGUGGUGACGAUGUUUGAGGUGCUUGAGCAUGUGCCUGAUCCGUCUGCGCUGCUGGAGACCGCGACGAAGCUCGUCCGUCCUGGCGGAUGGAUCUUUGCGUCGACGGUGAACCGCACUGCGGCAGCGUACCUGACGACGAUCUUUGUGGGCGAGGACUUGUUGCGGAUGGUACCGAAAGGCACGCAUAGCUGGUCAAAGUACAUCAACGAGAAGGAGCUACGGGAGUGGUUUAUCGAGCACAAGACGAGCGUGCCGGGCACGGGCGAGCACUGGGACGUCGUGACGAGUAAAGGGUGUAUCUAUAUCCCGUUUGUGGGCUGGGAGUUUUGCGGGCCACGGGAUUUGGGGAAUUACUUUCUUGCUGCGAGAAGACUGAGUUGAGCGAUGUACAUAGACUGCUGUAGUAAUAUAUUAUGACAAUUAG